GAGCUGAGGAGCCAAAGCCAGAAGUUGUAAGUGUGAAUUCCCUGUGAUUCCUCCGGGACCUGCACCGUGGGCAAUCGCGUGUUGCUGACCUAGGUGUAGACGACGCGGCGGGGUGUCGAGGGGACGCGAAAACUCCCCGGAGCGGCAGUCGCCGAGGGGAGCGGCCUGGGAAAGUCAGCUUCGCAGUGGCGGGAACCGCAGCCCGGCGGCCCUGGAAUCUCCCAGGUCUCACUGAUCACCCAGACCUGCUCCCCUGCGCAGCAGAACAAAGAGAUCAGGAAGGUAGAGAGAGAGGAGACAGUAGCUAAGGAUCCAGUCACUCCAGCUUAUGGAUUCACAUCUGAAGAUUAGGAGCUAGGAACUUCCUAUGAGAGAGAACACGCAAUGUCUUUCUGGGUCUGAGUUACCUCACUCAGUAAGAUCCAGCCAUUCAACUUCAAAGCUCAAGAUUUCAAUUUUUACAGUGUGAAAAUCUAGCAAGCUAUCUAUUCAUUGCUCCUGAAAGAGAAACUGGAAGAAGAGAAGCAGUAAGAAAUGACUGAUUCUCCAGUUAAUUUGUCCCAGGGUCUGUUGACUUUCGGGGAUGUGACUGUGGACUUCUCCCAGGAGGAGUGGGAAUGCCUGGACUCUGCUCAGAGGACUUUGUACAUUGAUGUGAUGUUGGAGAAUUACAGCAACCUAGUCUCUAGAAUGAUUACAUAUGUGAUCCUGCCCUUCUACAUGUGAAUUAUGAAAAGGAGUCUUCUCAGUGUAAUGACCUUGGCAAAAUGCUUCAUGACUCAUCCACAUGUGCACUUUCUAGAACAUGUGAAGCUACAGAAAACUCCAAUAACUACAGAUGCAGUAAUCAUAGGGAUGACUCUAUUGACUCUUCAAACCCAGAUCGACAUGAAAGCGUACACACUGGAGAAGAACCUUGCAAAUCUAAAGACUGCAAGAAAUCCAGCAUUACUCAAGAUCAGAGAAUCUGCACUGCAAAGAAAGAGCACAGGCAGGGAGAAUAUGCUGAUUCUUUUCUUGAUGCAUUCAGUGUUAUGCAGCAAACUAUCUGU